AAUAUACGGGCACACUUAUAGUUGCUUAACAGAAUAAAAACAUUUAAUUUUUGCACUCGACAUAAAAAAUGACUUCCACAAAUCAAGCACAGGAACUAGCUUCUCCAAUUGAUCCACGAAAUCCCCAUGGACUUGGCGAUCCAAAUGACACAACAUUACGAAAAGUCGAACGUGAAGUGCUUAUACCAAAAAUCAUGAGAGAUCGAGCCAAAGCGGAACUCUGUACCAAGGAGGUGGCCGAUUUUAAUGAAUGCUGCAAGGCCAGCAGCAUAUUCAUGGUGGCCACAUGUCGAAAACAGAAUGCAGCUCUAAGGGAUUGCCUCACGAAUUGGUACCAAAACGAGGCCUUCAAGGAGGAGUGCAAAAAAAUCUAUCUGCAGGAACGUGCAGAUUAUCGCAGCACGGGAAUACCCAAGAAACAUCGCGUGGAAAAGAUCUAGUCAUAAUCUAUAUAGAUAUAAUCAAUUGUUUUUCUUUUGCCUUUUGCUUUGCACAAAUGAUGAAUAGUUAAAACGACGUACAACAGUCUCCUGGAUA